AUGGCUUGCUGUGGUAAAAAUGCUUUGAACUCAACACCCCUGGCCGAGUAUGCCAGAUCGCUGACAAAUGAGAUGUCACGAGACGCAGUGCAGUGGCAUUUCCCCAUGUACACAGUACCUUUGAGCACUUUGCUGGAAAUGACUCAGGUUGAACCCCACGAAGUGUUGAUGGAAAGAGGUUGGUUGGUGAAGUUUCAUCGAAGCAAAGGGAAGGCAGCGUUUGUGUCCCACCAAUGGGCUGCGGCUGAUCAUCCCGAUCCGGACUUCAAGCAACUGCGAGUCCUACAGGAAGCCUUGAAGCAUGCUAUGGAGAAGCUGGUUGCCAUACCUGUGGAUGCAAUUUCAGAAGUGGCAGAUUCCAAGGCCAAGCUGUUGCAUACAUUUGAGCUUCAAUCAGAACCACUGUUUAUUUGGUAUGACUAUUUCUCAUGCCCACAGAGUGAGGAUAAAGGCCCUGAAGCAGGUAGGGGCAAACUGCUGGAUGCAAUCGAUAGCAUCCCCGCUUACGUAGACGAGUGCUCCUUCUUUUUUGCGCUUGUCCCUGUCGUGGAGGAUCUUAGCCGCUCCAAGUUAAUCACUCCAUUCACCUGGCAGGAGAGAGGAUGGUGUCGACUGGAGCGCAUUUGCCGCGAACUGUCGACCAAUGAGUCCUGGGUGAUCGUGAAAAGCUCUACUGAGCUGGAACUAGUCGCAUCUGCAACUGCAUCCAUUUUGAAUGGAUCCGGACCUGUUGGUGAAGGCAUUUUCACAGUGUUGGAAGAUCGUUUAAAACUGGCUCCAGUCCUUUUAUCGGCCAUCAAGCGAAAGAUGCAAAGGCUUUUGAAGAGUCAGGACCUGGCGGGAUAUCGUGCAUUGCUCAACCGGCAGACCGCCAUGCUUCGAGGCUUCCAAUGUGAUCCUCUUGGAGGCUUCGUGCCAGACACGGAGGACUCCAGCUCCACGCCAGUGAAGCACUUUUGUCACCAGAAUGGCUUCCGAAGUAUCCAUGAGAAGGACCGGUAUGGAUGGCAAGCCUUACACUACGCCGCGCUCAAGGGAGAUCCAUACUUGGUCCAAGACUUAUUAGCACUGCAGGCGGAUCCCAAUUGCGGAACUAAGAGAGGCCACGAAGCUCUGGGUCUUGAAAUUGGGAGCACUCCCCUCACUAUUUGCUGCCUCUUCCAGCACACGGACGCUGCGCGAGUGUUGAUCUCUGCCAAGAGCGCGGUCAGGGGAGGUGGAACGGUCUACCAUCCUUUGGGGUGUGCUGCACUCACAAACAAUGCGGAGUCCAUCCAGAUUCUUUGCGAUGCAGGCUGCAGUCCUCGUGAUCAAAACACCUUUGGUUUCUCCGCCAUGGCCUUUGCUGGCAAUGUCGGGGCAUUAGCUUCCAUGAAGGAGCUCCUCCAACAAACGGGCCACGUCCCCGCGCUGGAUCCAACGAGGGCCUUACAGUUUGCCAUGUAUGGCUGUGGCGGCAGCGCGGAGGUGGUGCAGUGGUUGGUGGAUUUGAAGGCCGACGUGAAUGACCAAAACUUUGCUACUGCCUUUCAAGGUACCCGAAGCUUCCGGGCGAUCUACACGCUGAAAGUCCUGCAGCACAAGUUUCACAAGGUCACUAGCGCCACGAAGAGGCUCUACCACGUGGAAGGCGCCACUGCAUUGAUGAUGGCCUUGCUGACCUCACAAUACGAAGGUGCGGCAGCCCUCAUUGCCGCCGGUGCUCGGCUGGACUUGAGGAAUGCACGGGGUUGGAAGGCAGCGGACUUUAUGCGAGGGCGUUCAGUGCCGGACCUGGUGGCAACCACAAGAUCUUGA